AGAAUCCGCGCGCUCGUUCCUUUCAGCGUCAGGCUCAACCCCGUGCCUUUCUCUUCUAACUGUUACCUUCUUCAUUCUUUAUAAAUCUCAAAUGAUCAACUCACUGUUUGUAAUAAAUCUUCAAGGCAAAAUUAUAGUCGAGAAGCAUUGGCGCGGCAUCAUUUCUCGGCAAAUCGUUGACGUAUUCAAUGACGAAAGCGCCAAGUUUAUGAAUUCACUACCAGGUGGUAUGGAGGAUAAGACUGGGUCGGGACAAGACUGGAAAGAGCCGUUUUAUACACGAGAGGAUGUACCGCCUAUUCUUGAGACACCGAAAUACUGGCUGCUAAAUGUGUUGAGGGACGAUUUGAUAUGGUUAUGUCCUGUGGAUCGUGAAGUGGAUCCAAUGCUGGUAUUCGAGUUUAUCCAUCGCAUCAUCGACAUCUUGACGGAUUAUCUAGCCGACGUUUCCGAAUUAUCGAUACGCGAGAACUUUGUUACAGUGUACCAGCUACUAGAAGAAAUGAUGGAUUAUGGAUACCCCUUGACGACUGAGCCGAAUACUCUGAAGGAUAUUAUCAUGCCGCCGACUAUUAUGAAUAGAGUUAUGACAACCGUUGGCGCUGCAGCAGGCGUAGCACCAAAGUUCCCGCAGAAUUUAUCCAGUAUACCAUGGCGAAAAGCCGGUGUCAAAUACACGCAAAACGAAAUCUAUUUUGACAUUGUGGAAGAAAUUGAUGCUACUAUUGCUCAAAAUGGCACAGUUGUUUCAUGCGAAGCACAUGGAAACGUGGUGGCAAAUUGCCGCUUGUCAGGUAUGCCUGAUUUGACUCUUAGUUUUAUUAAUCCACGGGUAAUCGAUGAUGUGAGCUUUCACCCAUGUGUAAGAUAUCGGAAAUGGGAAAGCGACAAGGUUCUGUCAUUUGUACCUCCAGAUGGCCAUUUUAAGCUCAUGUCAUACCGUGCUGAAUUGACACACUAUCAAGCCAUGCCACUCCAAGUUAAACCACAAAUAUUAAUAUCUAAAAACGGGGGCAGAUUUGAUGUUACAGUCCAUCCACGGUCGACAGAUGGCAAGCCGAUCGAAAACGUCAAGGUGACAUUACCAAUGCCAAAGAGUACCAACAGUGUCAAUGCUACGUGUAACGCAGGGCAAUAUAUGUAUGAUCCUGUAACAAAGUCCAUUAAGUGGGAUAUUGGUAAGAUCCAGCAGCGAGAUCGGGCACCCAUGCUCUCAGGAACGUUCCGAAGCAGUGAGCUUAAUCCAGAGACGGGUAUGACAAUCGGUGUGGAUUUUCAGAUCAGUAUGUAUUCAGUAUCUGGGCUCAAGGUGGACAGCCUACGACUUUUCCACGAAGGAUAUAAGCCAUACAAGGGUGUUAGAUCUUUAACAAAAGCUGGAAAGUUUCAUGUUCGCACUUGAAAAAAUAAAACAUCUUGCAUCGUUUACUGAAAUCCAAUUGGCUAUUGCAACCCACUUAAAAAGCAAAUUCAGUCGCACCG